GUUUGAUUUGCUUCAUAUUCACUGAGAGGGCUAAAGCGACCGAACGUUUGUGUGUAGUUUGUAAACCAAAGGGAAAAAAGCAACCAAAGCCCUCAAUAUAGUGUUCUAUAAUUCUACGAAGCGAUACAUUGGAAAUAAACAGUGCUAAACGGAAUAAGUCUUUAUUAACUGGAUUACUACCCGAGUAUCUCACAAUAUAUGUCAACGUGAUUCUUCAGCAAAAAAAGAGAGACCACUAAACCACGUUGGUUCAACAUACCCAUUUGUUUUGGGUAUAUCUUUCACCCAAAAGUGACUGCUUUCUAUUCCGAUGCCUUGCCUGGAAAGCGUGUAUAGCAUGACGAGCGACAUACUUGGAGACUUCUACAGUCCCGAUCGGCUACAUGGGGACAUCAAAUCAGAUGAUAAAAUCCUGAUGCUGGAUUGUCGAUGUCAGUCGGACUACGCUCGGAGUCAUGUUGUGAAUUCGAUCAACGUAACCUUGCCAAGUUUAUUGGUGAAACGACUAAGGAAAGGAAUAUUAAACAUGUCCGCCAUCAUCCACAACAAUGAGGAUAAAGACAGGUUUAAUAAAUAUUGUAAAACACAUUUAAUUGUACUUUACGAUGAGUGCUCCACGGACUUGAACGCCAAUCCUUCUAGCAUAAUAAAUCUUUUAGUCAAGAAACUUCGACAAGAUGGCUGCCGCGCAACCUUUCUCCUUGGUGGUUUCACAACUUUUGUGCAGCGUUUCCCCGAAUUUUGUGUUUCUCCCGAAAAUUCUGAAAACUCUAUAGUAGGACUAUGUAACUUACGGAUAUCCGAAGAUUCAGCGUACGGCACAUCAAGUGACAGUGAAAACGAUGGUACACCUUGUUUACAGUCUCCCUUCCCCGUCCAAGUGUUGCCACAUCUCUACCUUGGAAACGCCAAAAACUCAGCCGAUCUUAACCAGUUGAAACAAAACGGGAUCCGCUACAUUUUGAACGUUACCCCUAAUGUGCCAAAUAUGUUCGCAAACGACGAUUCGUUCAAGUAUCGACGAAUUAACAUCAGUGACCAUUUGUCUCAAGAUCUCUCCGAGUUCUUCCCAGAAGCUAUCGCCUUUAUUGAUGAGGCCCGAGAGAAUAAUUGUGGUGUUCUGGUUCAUUGUUUGGCGGGAAUCAGCCGCUCCGUGACGGUGACCGUGGCUUAUCUCAUGAGCAAAAGAAACAUGACCAUGAACGAAGCCUACGAUUUCGUCAAGCGAUGCAAGCCUAAUAUCUCGCCAAAUUUCAAUUUUAUGGGACAAUUAUUGGACUUCGAAAAGAUCUUACAUGGUGAUAAUUCACCGUCGCAGUCGGGUGGACGAUCGCAGUAUCGCAAUUUUGAAUUUUGUAACAGAAAUACGAUGUCUCAGAAUUCUGGGAAUGACGCACCGCCAUUAACUCCGGCUAGUCCCGUGUGAAGCGUUCUUAACAGACUCGAUUGGUUACAAUUAAUGAGCUUGGGGUGGUUUUGUCCACGUCCAUGGCAUUAAAGCUAAUAUGGCGCUGAACCAGAGACAAGAGGUCCGAAUUCUACACAAGGGCCAGUGGGGCAUGAAAGCCCCGAGUUCCAACUGAUAUUAAUGGUAAUAGCUAAAAUGAGCCGAAGAGUGCCGAUUCGCCACAUAAUUGAACUUAGAUAUAAUCGAACAAAGCAAAGGUGGCCGUAUGGGACUUGUUUAUCGAGCAGUGCUACGAGAACUUUCUUGUUGAAAAAAACAAGAGAAGUAUUGAUGUCUUUCAGUGUGUAUAAUGUAACUUUAUAAUAAUAUUAUAUUAGAAGAAUUGUUGGUGCAUAAGGCAGCUAAAAGUGAUGUUAGUAGAGUAUACAAUACCACUUUAAUCAUGUUCAUUGUUCAAAGAGUCAGCUGUGUCGUUCUGCAUUUCUAGAAAUUUAAUAUAGAUUAAUAAGACUUUUUAAAAGACUUAUAAAAAAUUGUUGAAUAAGAAAUCGUUAAUUAAUUAAUUAAUUAAUUAAAUUUAAUUGUUUAGUUUUUUUUUUCGUCCAAAUGUUAUGUGAAAUCUGCAUUGUUUAAAAUCGUUCAAGUUUGUUGACAUUUUAUGGUAAAGGAGUGCGACAAGGCGAGCGUUCCUAUCCACUCCUUUUCAUUUUGUUUUUUGUUGACUAUUAAAAAUAUAUUUAGUGCUGUUGAAUCAAAUAAUUGUUAAGAUAUUUUUUAACGAUAAAAAUGUAUGAAAUUUUAAAAUAUAGCAUAAAUAUUUUUGCUAAGUAUUUGUGAUGAAGAAUUCAAACUUAGAGAAUGAGGAAUAAUUAGAAUGUAUUUGGACUAGUACAAAGCAUUCCGACAUGUUGAUAUUUAUUUACAAAAAGUAAAGAAUCAAAGAAAAUGAAUUAUUAAAUCAUAAUAUCAAAAUAUAUAUCCAUAGUCAUUAAUUUCAUCUUUUCUGUUCAUGUACAUCCUUCAAGAUAUUCUGAUUACCUCGUUGUUUGAAACACGUUGUCAUUAUAUUUUAUACACAAGAUUAAAGAUUGAGUAUAUAUGUUUUCUAUAAA